UGUCGGUUUGCCGGCCCAUUUCGUAAUUUCCCGAACUUAAAGGGCAGACUUUUUUUUGUAUAAUUGUCACGUUCUCGGCCUUGGGUUCACUUCACUCCUUAUCCCUUUGCUUCUCCCAUAGUUCCAUUCCCUUUCCCAUCAGAUCCGAUCGGAUUAAGCUCAGAUCCCUUUGUAUCGGAUCACCUAAUCCCAGAUCUUCACUCAUUUUGACUAAACCAAGAAAACAAGCAACGAUGAGAAAUUAUUAGCGUCCACAUUGGCCAAGCCGGUAUCCAGGUCGGGAAUUCCUGCUGGGAGCUUUACUGUCUCGAACAUGAAAUCCACCCCGAUGGAACCAUGCCCGGUGAUACCUCGGUGGGUGUGGCGCACGAUGCUUUCAACACUUUCUUCAGCGAAACGGGCUCGGGAAAGCACGUGCCGAGAGCUGUGUUUGUGGAUCUGGAACCCACUGUCAUCGAUGAAGUUAGAACCGGUCCUUACCGGCAACUUUUUCACCCCGAGCAGCUUAUUUCGGGGAAGGAAGAUGCUGCUAACAAUUUUGCCAGGGGGCACUAUACAAUUGGCAAGGAAAUUGUGGAUCUAUGCCUUGACCGAGUUAGGAAGUUAGCUGAUAACUGCACUGGGUUGCAAGGGUUCAUGGUGUUUAAUGCUGUCGGCGGUGGAACCGGAUCCGGUCUGGGAUCUUUGUUGUUGGAACGUUUGUCGGUAGAUUAUGGAAAGAAAUCAAAGCUUGGGUUCACCAUCUAUCCUUCACCGCAGGUCUCAACAGCAGUUGUAGAGCCUUACAAUAGCGUUCUGUCCACACAUUCACUUCUUGAGCAUACAGAUGUGGCUGUGCUCUUGGACAAUGAAGCAAUUUAUGACAUAUGCCGAAGAUCCCUUGAUAUCGAGAGGCCGACUUACACCAAUUUAAACCGAUUGAUAUCACAAAUCAUAUCGUCCUUGACGACUUCUUUGAGGUUUGAUGGAGCCAUUAAUGUGGACGUUACAGAGUUCCAAACCAAUCUUGUUCCAUAUCCUCGUAUCCAUUUCAUGCUCUCUUCAUACGCCCCUGUUAUCUCAGCUGAGAAAGCAUACCAUGAACAGUUAUCAGUUCCUGAGAUCACAAAUGCCGUGUUUGAGCCCUCGAGCAUGAUGGCGAAGUGCGACCCUAGGCAUGGGAAGUACAUGGCAUGCUGCCUGAUGUAUCGUGGCGAUGUUGUGCCCAAGGAUGUUAAUGCGGCUGUUGCUACUAUCAAAACAAAGAGGACUGUGCAGUUUGUUGACUGGUGCCCAACUGGUUUCAAAUGCGGUAUCAACUAUCAGCCUCCAACCGUUGUUCCUGGAGGAGAUCUCGCUAAGGUGCAGCGAGCUGUUUGCAUGAUAAGCAAUAACACAGCGGUGGCUGAGGUGUUUGCACGGAUUGACCACAAGUUUGAUCUCAUGUACUCGAAGAGAGCUUUUGUGCAUUGGUAUGUUGGUGAGGGCAUGGAAGAAGGUGAAUUCUCUGAAGCCCGUGAGGAUCUGGCUGCUCUUGAGAAGGAUUAUGAAGAAGUUGGCGCUGAAGGUGGAGAUGAUGAAGAUGAAGAUGACGGUGAAGAAUAUUGAUCUACUUCUGUCAAAACAUUUGUAUCAAAUAUCGGUUUAUCGUAAUAGGGUAUUCCCAACCUCUUUCCUAUAUCCUUUUAAUUUUUUUUUCUUUUGUUUGUUGUAAGAUUUUCAGAUUGUUCCUGUCAUAUGCGUAGAGUCUUUUCAUGCUAUCAAUGAAAUAAAUUUCGAGCU